UUAUUAUAUAUGAAGGUCUACGGCCACAGCUCUACAUGGGUCUGACUAGUUCUUUCAAUUAUAUCCAGAAACCUAAUCCAAUAUCUUCCUCUCUCUCUCUCUAUUUUACUACUACGCGAUUACAAUGUCGGCAGCCAGAAAUACCGAAUCCAUGUCUAAUCAGGGCGAAUUCCAUAGCCGCGUGCCGCCCGCGGAACCUCUCACAACUACCGGGCAUAAACCCGGUGUUAAGGUCGGCAACGAUGCCGCGCCAGAGUUCCACGCUGAAAAGUAUCCACCUGGCACCGCGCCCCGGGAAAACACAUACCAACCCCGACCCGAUGGCGAGACGCCAGCCGAUGCUCCGAACGUCGAGUCCCAGAGAUUGACCGAUCCCGUGGAUAGCCUCGGCGGUACUACAUCUCAAGCCGUCCAUACCGGUCUAGGUAAACCAAUCCAGGGCCAAUCGGGAGCUGAGCUGCACGGCAGUCUACAUGGUGAUUAUACCAACCGACGAAAGAAGGAGCAUGCUGGGCUAGAAGGUGCUGGGGCGAGUGUUGGUGAUAGCGUCCGUCAGAAAGGGGGAGACCUGCCUGAGGGCGUGGAGAAAGGCACGAGAGGGAAGGGCAGCACCGAAUAUCCUUCUGCAGCAGACCGCGUCCCGACUAGUGCAGAAGAGUUGGCGGCAGAGCGUUAGGUACCGGAGCGCGCCUACGAUUACACGCAAUCUGGGAACCUCAAAUAGGGAGAAUGUAUGGACUGUAUGAGUAAUAGCAAGAAAACAGGUAUAUAAGCUGCUUAAUAGAAGUAGUUAUAUAUACCAAACGGUUGAUCUAGGUGUCCUAAUAAUUUGAUAUUAAGUAUAUUCAGAU